AUGAGCAAAAGAAAACAAGAAGAAAUCUCCACAACAGAUUCGGCCACUUCAGAAGUGACAUCAUCAAGUAGCGAUACCAAGAAGGUAAAAAUUGAUGAAAAUGCUAUCAUUACCAAAUUAAAAGAAUUAGAUUCUUGUAAAUCUUUCAAAACAAUCAAGGAAUUUGAAGAUACCUUCGUUUCAAUCUCUGAUUAUUUAUUUAACAACACAGAACUUGUUGUUAAAGAUAAAACAUAUAGAUUAGCGGAACUUGAAUAUUAUUUUACAUGUCCUCCUGUUCACAAUGAUCCGUUCUCUCAUUGUCAUGAUUUACAAGCAACUAGAGGAGAGUGGUAUUUCCAUCAAUCAUUGGCUAAAACAAAUGACAAUAAUUAUAAAGGAGGUUCCUAUAAAGGCUUGGAUAUUUCGAUUGGUAGUGCUGGAUUUAAAGGUGGAAUUUUAAUUAGAAGUUUAUUGAAGUCUGACAACAAAACACUUGUCGAAGGUCCAUCAAAAUGUGUUGAUGAAAUAAUUGGAGCCUAUGAUUGUGAUAAUAUUCAAGAAUUUGUUACUAAAUGUUUUAAAGGACAAAAACAUUUUCAAGCCUUGAGUACAAGUUCAGCAUUCUACUUGAAACCAAUUGAUACUCCAUACAGUGAUACUAUGGUUAAGAGUGCUAGAGUUGGUUUAACUCUAAAACAAAAAACUCAACAAAAAGAAAGAGUAGAAUAUAUUUUCAAACCAUACAGACAUUGUCUCAAAGCUAAGGAUAUUAAAAAGGGUAAACAUUUAAUGACCAUUAUCCUUUAUAGAGAUUUGAUGAAGGCAGGGGAAAGUGGUGUUGUUAAGAAGGUCGAAACAGCAACAGGAAGUUCAGGACUUUCAAAAUAUUUUGACACUUAUGAAGAACAAACCGACUCUGCCUUUGCUGAUGUUGACAGUAUUGACAUAUCCAAAUUAGGAGAUUAUAGUAAGGAUUUCACAACCAAACAAAUUUAUGAACUAGGAGGUAUUCUAAGAAAUAUUUUCUAG